CUGUUAUUUCCACAAACGCUGCCCAGGAUGUCACACAGUCCCUGCAUGUUGCGGGGUGCAAGGGCCCUUUUCCGGUGUGCUCGGUUCGAAAGUCGUGCUCCAACAUCGGGAUGGGCAGGAUACGCAAAUGCAGCUGUAGAUGAAACAUCUGCUUCUCAGCCAAGCACGAGCGGGCAAGGUCUUUUCCUGCCGAGCAACCAGUUAACAGCUGCGUCAGUCGGUGGAUACUAUGCCCUGGAGCCCCGACUACUCCCAGAGGCAAGCCGUGCUUAUGCCGGCGCUUUCUAUGCUCCGCGUGAUGCCGGUCACGAGCGGCGAGGUGGCUGUAAAGCACUGCAGCAUGAAGUGGAGGCGACUGGCACACAUGCCGUGAUGUAUCGCCCCGUCAUGCACACCCUGUACAACGCCGUCGGAGAGCGAAGCCAUCAACGUCUGCUUUUGACGGGGCCCGCCGGUGCUGGCAAGUCCAUCGCUUUGGCAGGCCUUGUGGAAUGGGCACGGCAGCAAGGAUGGAUUGUCAUGUACGUGCCCAGCUGCUCGGCGCUCGUUCGCGGCGGCUACUUCAGCCCCCGCGGCGACACGGGCACCUGGGACACCCUCACCUCGGCGCAGCAGCUGCUGAAGGGCAUGCUGGACGCGCACGGGCCGCAGCUCAAGAGCCUGCCCGUGCUGGCGCCAGCGCAGCAGCCGGCAGCGGCCGAGGGGACAGCGGCGGACGCGGAGGUCGGGGGUGCUGAAUGGGCGGCGGCAGCGGCGGCGCGGGGCAAGACGCUGUACGACGUCGUGACGGGGGGGCUGACGGAGGAUGACAAUGCCCAGCUGGCGGUUGACUCGGCUCUAGCGGUGGUCCAGCAGCUGGUGGCCUCCUCCGGAGAGCAGCCCGGCGGCAGCGGCUCACUGGCGCCGCCCGUGCAGGUGCUGUUUGCGCUCGACGACUACAACUGCCUGUACGGCAGCUCCGACUACGGCGUGCAGCCGCCCUCCGCCGUCCCCAUUAAGGCGCGGCGCCGGGUGCUGCAGGCGCAGGAGCUCAACCUGGCUCGCGGCAUGCGGCUGCUGGAGGCCAAGUCCCUGGGCGGCGCGGCGGUGGUUGCCGCCACCACCACCGCCAUGCCCCUGCCGGCGCCCAAGCAGCUGCCGCCGCAGCAGCAGCAGUCGCUGACGGAGCUGCUGGUGCCUGGAUUCAGCGAGGUGGAGACUCGGAACGCGCUGGCGCACUACCAUGCCACGCGGCACGCUACCGAGCUGGCCACCUCGCGGCAGGCGCGGGAGCUGUUCGCGCUCACGCAGGGCAACGCGCGGGAGCUGCGGAUCAGCGCCAGCACCCUGGGCUUGCGCCUUGCGUGAUUCAGGAGUAGGGGGAGGAACGUGACAUGCGCAUCAUGCAUCGUGCGGAUGGUACGGGUUACUUCGCUACAUAUGGGUAACCGGUGGCUAGGGUAGAUAUCGGGUACCGUAUGCUAAGUUCUUAACCGGGACCGGUGGGUGUUUCGUGUGUGCUGUUUGUGGGCCGGCUGGCAAGGGCUAUGAUGUGUUGGGGACGUUUUAUAUGAGAUCGGAGCGUUGGGUAACUUGCCAGGCGCUGUUGGUACUAGCUAUCAGAGAUUGCAGGUGGACUGGUUCCUUGAGCACGACGCUCUUCGUUUGUGCUGAUGCGGGCGAGCUCCCUAGGCUAGUGGCUAACCAUGGUGGACCAUACACAGGUAAACACACGGUACAGGACACGGCGCCGGUGCAAAGUAUAAUUCAGGUUGAUUGCCUGAUUCGGACUACAAAAGGGUGCUCAACACGUUCGUCCAUAACGCUGUUGCAUCA